AUGGCCCUUACCCAGUCCAUGCCUUCGCCUGUGAGGCAGCCAUUCGGAGUGAUUGAUCCCUCACGCUUGCGUUUUCUGCAGAGCGCGAAAAACCAACAGAAUGGAAUAACAUCGCCUUCUCUCAAACGCCGCCUAGAAACGACAGACCUAUCCGACACGGAAAACCUAGACCCCUCCUCCUUCGGCACCCCAAGCACCAAAAGGACCAGAAACGCACUGGAUGAGGACGUGUCCAAAACAGCGCCAGCUACCACAUUAACAACAAACAAAUUCUCCUUCGUCGCACCCGCCAAACCCAUCACCACAAACCCCAGACGCCUCCAAACACCUGUCUCACAAAUCAAGCGGGCAGCUGCCCUUCCCAACUCGGCCCCGCUCCGUGCUCCAGCAGGGCGCUCACCGAAAUCAAAACCCGCAAGUGCCUUCUCCCGCCGCAGCACUGGCUCAUACACACGCAUUGACCCGCCUUCAUUUACAAAAGCCCAUGCCGCGCCUCGCGCGCCGUUUUCCAUCGCCGAUGCCCUUCAUGGAACUCUCGGUAUGCUCAAUACCAGUGUUGCCCCCAACGCGCGCAAUGCUACUUCGCAGACGCAGAGGCUGCAGAGUACAAAACUAAUCGCGCCGGACGAUAUUCAUCUCAAUGUCAAUAUCAGCAGCAGCACCAGGAGUAAUAAUAAUAAUAUCAAACACCACCCCAAAGCCUGGGACUUCGAGAUCUACACUGAUACCGAGCAGGACGAGAUGGCGAACCUGAUGGAGCACUCAACGUGCGUGCUGGAUAUUAGUGACGAUGAGGAGAAGCCGCGAUAUAAAGAUGAUCGCGGGAAGGAGAAUAUUCCUCCCCCCGUGGAAUUUGUGGGACAGCGGGGGUUGAUGGGCGGAGAAGAUGAAGCGGCUGUCGCGGGGGAGAUGGAAGGGGAGGAUCGUACUCGUAAUGUGGAAAUGACAGAUGAGCCGCGCUCGGCGCUUGGGGAGUUGGAUGUUACGCGGUUCGUGACCGUGGUUGAGUCUGAGUCCAGACCUGAGGGUGGGUGGCAUGACUGUGAGAAUUCAAAUGACCAUGCACAUGUACUAAACACCAUCGACCCAACGGCUAUACCACUACCACCCCCAACUGCGGGGGAAGAACAUUCCCAAUCGCAAGAUGAGAAACCAUCAGGAGAAGAAGCAGAAACGGCGGUCAGCACAUCAUCAUCAUCAUCACCACCACCACCACCCUCUCGAUCUCCGCCUGAAUCUCAACCACCUCCCCCCUCAAUACAUCCCUCCCACUGCCACCCAUCCUACCCUCAUCACAACCACCACGACGAACAGCAAAGCCAACCCAAACCAAGCCAUCCCACCCUCGCCAGCCACGCAGCCAUCUCUGCACUGAUAUCUAACUCUGCACCACCCCUUGCCAACAGCACUUGUACCACCAACACCUCUACCACCUCUUGUUCUUCGUUCGCAGCAAGCAACGAGAUAGAGAUUUGGGAAAGUGAGAGUGCGGCGGACGAAGCUGAGGCUGACGCCCUGAUGUAA